AAAUAUAGCAAAGCAAUGAAGUGGUGUUUUUGUUGAGAUGAUCCUUUACGCUUUUCAUAGGUGCCAAGAGAACCACACACCUUCAUCCUGUGCUGCUGUGGACUUCCUUCUUGAAACACUGAAGAACAUCAUGAAGGGGAAGUUAAACCUAUUAUCUGUACUGAUGUGCUCUACUCUCAGUUUAUGUUUUAUUUUCUCCACUCUGCUACAAUGAUAGACAUACGUGUCCAGAUUUGUCUACUUUCUGUGUUGAGCAUUGUGGAGAUGAAGAUUGUCAGUGUAACGGGACGUGUUGGGUCAGCCGUGAGCUUUCAUUGUUCAGGCUGGGAUACUCAGACUGACAUAGCAUCAUAUGAUAAGUACUUUUGUAAAGAUCCAUGUAAAUCUGGCAAAGACGUCAUCCUCACAGCAUCAUUUAUGAAGACAGAUCAGACAAACAAAAUACAGAUUUCUAACAAAGGAGAAAGUUUGCUUGUGACUUUUACUGAUCUCCAGAUGUCAGACUCCAAAACAUAUUACUGUGGAGUUGACAGGUUUUUUCGCGAUAAUUACAUAAAAGUGAAUCUCAAAGUUCUACAAGCUGUGCAGAAACCUGCUGAAACAGACUCUGUUGGCUCCACUGUGUCUCCUGCUGUCAUCAACUCCUCCAACAUGUCUCCAAGUGACUUGGGUGGCGCAAGAAGUUUCUUUGUCACUUCCUCUGCCCUUCACAUUACCACAGAGAGACCAGAAACACAAGGAGCAGGGUUGAUACCAUAUUUGACUGUUGGUUUAAUUUUUGCAAUUACCACUCUGAUACUUCUGCUGAAGUUUAUGAGAACUGUGAAGAGAAAGAAAAAAGCUGACCUCGACCUUACUGACCAACCACAAGUAGACGCACAAACUGGUGCUGAAUACAGUGAAAUCAGACUUGAGGAUCAACAAACUGAGCACCAGUCUGCAGUCCACUUCUCCGCCAACUCCAACACCGACCCCAACAGUCUCUAUGCAAAUUACUCUCAUCUGCAAGAUACUGAAUUAGAAGCUUACUGCAAAAACAAACAUGAUUCCUCAGUUUCAUCACGUCCCUCUAAAGUCACAAGAAAAGGCUCUUGUGCAGAGAGCAGAGCAACAAAUCUUGACUUGAUCUAUUGUGGUCCUCAGUUUCCCCGGGAUGCAGAGCAACAUGAAACAACUCCAACAGGAGUCAGCGGAAAUGAUUGUGUCUACAGUCUGGCUCAGUUCCCACAGACAACGUGAAUGGUAAUUAAGAAUAAAAUGGAUGCAUGUAAGAACCAUGUCUGGAGAGCAAUUUUAAGGAAGACUAUCAAUAAAUACAGAGCAACCUCUCUUUCUGUAAAUAGGCAAUUUAUGCAUUUCUGCAGUGUCAAUAUGCUUUCUAUCAUCAGCCGCAUCCAACCAUUUGAUACAUCCUUACACAGAAGCACAAUAAUGGAGGCAGCUGCUGCGCAAAGUGCUCACACAUCAUUUAGAGAAGUUUAUUGUGCUCAAAGACACUUCACCAUAUUGUCAGGAGGAUGAGAUGAAUAAUCCUGAACAGAAACUUUCAGAGGAGAAGACAUGGUCCUCUAAGUAUAAGACUGAGGGAUAAUAUGUAUUUUUUUUUUCAAACUGCAAAUAUUUCCAUGAGAUUCGGAGCUUUUAUUCCAAGCAUGUCGUCCAAUUACUUAAACAAUAUAAAGAAGUCAACACCAUGGCUCUAUUUUGGUAGACCAGGAACAAGCGCAGCACUCCUGCCUUGUGCCUCUCCAAUGGGGUUUGUCCGGCGCAUUUUGUGAUUUUAGCGCACAAUCCCCCGCACCUUUAAAUGUGCUGCAGCCAAGCAGUGUAUAUUUGACAAGAUUGAAUACUUUUUAUUUCCUGGUUGGUGCCGUGAAUGACGUGAUGCUCACGGCAGAAUCAGGAUUCUCUAUUGUGGCCACAAUGGUGACAAAAGAACCACUAGAGGAUGAACUGAGAGUGAGCCUGUCCAACACUCCUUCUAGACUAGUAGUAGUAGUAGUAGUAGUAGUAUUGAUGCUGUUGUUGUUGUUGUCAAUAAUUUUAAAUUUCCUUUCAUUGAAAUUUUGUUUACAGGUAUGUUUUCAUUUUAGUUGAACUAUUUUUAAUUAAUUUUAUUAACGCAGAAUUUUAUUUAUUUAUCAAAAUUUCUCUUUAGUUUUUUGAGUGUCAAAAAGGAAUUAUUUUGCAAUUACUGAUUGUAUUUUCAUAGUAUCAUUUGCUCUUGUAGCAACUUAAUUUGUUAGAUUGCUCACUAUUUUUGUGUUGGUAUGCGUCUGAUAUUGGAAAUGUUUUGCAUUUGUUAGCUCUCUCUAUUGCAUUAGUAAUGCCAGAUAAUCUCAUAAAUAUAUUAAAUAAAAUUACCACCAUGACAACAUAAAGGUCUGUGCGAUGACUGCUACAUAAAUAACAGAAAAACUGCUUACUUAAUUAAAACAAUAUAUUCAAGUAAUAAAAUAUUUAAGAAUUUUAAAAUCUUUGAGUGAACACCCUCAAAAUUCUAAGGAAAACAUUUGAACUCUGCAAUGACAGUUAAGUCUAUCAAGCUGCUAAAAAAAAUAAAAAAUAAUUACAAAAUGAAGGCCCACUUGCAUUAAAAAUAACAAACAAUUAAAUAACAUUAUAAACCCCAUAACAUAAAAGAUCUGUGCAAUGACUCCUUCACAACUUUACAUAAAUAACAGAUGAACUAACUUGGCAACUCAGAAUAUUCAAUUCAGCAUCUCUCUAAAUGACUAUCAGGUGAUUCGGUCAGUUUUGGCCCACUGUGGAUCUCAGUUUAAUUUUCAUAAAUCCAAUGUUUGAAACUGAGUGCUCAGCAGUGGCAUUCAGUAAAGUCAAAUAGUCUCAGUGUGAUGUCAACAUCUAGAAACACCGAGUGUUGCCUCAGUCCUCUUACAAGAUUAGUGACCCUGCUGAGAUGUUCUUAUGAAUGAAUUCUUGGGAAUUGUCCAAUUUCAUUCACUAAAUCUUCCUCUGAUCAGCGAUUCCCAACCUUUUUCUUGAGAGACUCAAAUUUUUGUCAUUGUAAAAUCACUGAAUCACUGAUGUGAUCACCUGUUUAUUUCCUCUGGAGAUCA